AUGCUGCUUACCCAGAACGAGGAAUGUUCAUGUCCAAAACCAGUGAUCGGUCCUCUGGAGUUGGACAAACGCCUGCAACAAAGAAAGGAGUUCAUCGAAUGGAAACGACAGGAAGAUAAAACAGCAGAGCCUGUAACAAGAUGUGAAGCCAUGUCUCCUAUAGAAUACAUUGGAUCUGGUAUCACUGUUGAACCUUUAAGCUCAGUCCGCCUAGUUGGCAUAAAGGUACACCCUACUGCGUUCAGAAAAGACAACCCGGAGUUUAAAAUAUCCUUCAUGUCCAGAAGGUCAUUGGGAUAUAUCUAUGUUGAGACAGGUAAAUACGCAUUACAUAUAACAGGCAACAACACUCGUCAAAUAACAAUAACAGCUGACGAUGUUGACGAUCUGAAUACUGUACUGAAACAUUUAGUUUACACCAGUGUCGAGUACCACAUAAGGCAGAGAGAUGUUAUUGAUAUCAUGUCAGGAGAUCUUCACAUCUCCAUCAAUGUUCUCACUCAGAGACUUCGUAUGCCUAAGCUUUAUGACCCGAGACUUGACGGUGACAUCAGUAAUAAAGUAACUGUCGUAUCGAAAACAUUUGAACGUUAUGACUGCAUCAACAAGCUCAUUUUGAGUGUUAAUAAAUAUUAUCCCAAUAUGUCCAUACUAGUAGCUGAUGAUUCCCGUGUUAAACAACAGUUGAAUGGAACUAAUGUGAAGCAUUUUCAUAUGCCAUUUUUAGAAGGCUUGGGUGCUGGUAAAAAUCUGCUUGUAAGCCAGGUGCGUACAAAGUACUUUCUGUGGACUGAUGACGACUUUGUAUUCAUUAAUGAAACUAUUUUAGAGCGGUUUGUAGAAAAACUGGAGUCUCCAACAGCAGAACUAGACUUAGUGGCUGGCUACGUAAUGGAUAACAGAGGAAUGGUUUCUGACACCAUCGAUAAUGACAUCUGGAAAUGGGUUAGUUAUAGGCGAGAGGAAGAUGGCAGCGGCUGCAUUCGGAGAACAGAUUCACCAUUUCCAUAUGGCAAUGUCAAAGAAUUCAAGAAUUGUAAUUACAAGGAUGUUACGCCAGACUUCUUUUUAGCAAAAACUGAGGCGGUAAGGAAAGUGGGAUUCGAUCCAGAGUUUGAAAGGAUUUCUCAUCGUGAAUUCUUCAUAGAUGGAAUAGGAUACCUAAAGAUUGCGCAGUGUGAUGACGUCGUUAUUCUACACGAUCGAGAAAGGAACAAGGUUUACAACAAAUACAGGCAUUCAAAUUUUCCUGAACCAGUUGCCAUUGAACAUUCUAAUCAUGUUUUAUUUAAAAACAAUCUGCAGUGCUACCAAUCAUGGAAUCAAUUUUAUUUUGGGAAACAAAAGCGCAGUUAG